AUGGGUUGUCCAUGUCAAGCGCGAACUUAGGUUGUCAAAUAGGUUCUCAAGGUCAAUUUUCAACUUCAAUUAACACAAGUAACAUGUUUUCUGCCAAUGAGGUACAUGAUGGGCAAGCAGUACUGCGGAUUUCUACUGCCGACUCUUGUAGACAGACAACUGUGAACAACAUGAAUCAAUUAUCUGCUCUUCCUUCUGGAGUUGCUAUUUUGAAAACUGGAGCCAUUAGUCCUGUUGUCCCUUCUAAUGGAAAGCCUUUUAGAAGAGACUUGCCUAGUCAUGCUUUGGCAUCAGUGUCUGUUCUUUUGAAGAUGUCAGCCGUUCCAGAGCAUGAAUAUAUUUGGCAAGGGGGUUUUGAGGUCCUCAAAAGAGGGAAACUGCCAGAGUUACAUGAUGGAAUUCAAGCACAUUUAUCAACCUGUGCAUCACCAAAAGUAUUUGACGUGUUGAACAAGUUUCCUUCAAAAAUUCUUUUGAAUGAAGUACCUCGCUUUAGUAUGUGGCCAGUACAGUUUCAGGAGACUGGUGUUAAAGAAGAUAACAUCGCACUCUAUUUUUUUGCUAAGGAUCUUGAGUGCUACGAGAAAAGCUACAAGAGUUUGCUGGAGACAAUGAUGAAAAAUGAUCUUGCUCUUAAGGGAAACUUUGAGGGUGUUGAACUCUUGAUAUUCCCAUCCAACCAUCUUCCUGAGAAAUCCCAGCGUUGGAAUAUGUUGUUCUUCCUUUGGGGUGUGUUCAGAGGAAAGAAAGUAAAUUACUUGCAAAAUGUGUCUGGUUCUCCAAAGAAGUAUUUUAUUCACAGAGAUAUGCCCACCGCCAUCAUGUCUCCUCCUGAGAACACAGGUUUACUUGGGCCUAUAGAUGGGAAUUUACCUAUGUUUUCCAAAGCUUGCAAUGUGGCUCUAUCAUCCAAGUGUCCUGCCUUGAUGGAAUCACCCUGUUUAUCUUCUGACACAAUAAAUGGGAAUUGUGAUACCGAAGCAUCUUCUCUUGAUCCAAAGGGUCAAUGCCUUCAAGAAAAUGUGGGGUGGCAAGACUGUAGGAUAAAAACAACCAGUUCACUGUUAUUCCAAGAAACAAGAUGCACUAGUACUCCACUGGAAACAAUUGUUGACCCCGAAUGCAAACUGGAUGUAAAACUUCAACCAUCUGUUCAAACUGCUAGAAACACAACUGAUUCCAAGAAAAGCAAGAAGAUGCCAAUGUAUCCGGAUAAUCCCCUUGACAUACAACAGAUUUCGACUCGUUCUUUUGAGAUAGCAGCUAGAGUGGACAGUAGUGAAGAUCAGGUGAUGUUUGAGAGUACUUUGAAGGAAGAAGAGGGAUCUUUGGACACAAAAGCUGUACUGGAGAGAGACAUGGUGAUGAGAGAUCAAACCAUGAAGGGGCUCAACAAUCGGCAGUUCAAUUGUGGGAAACAUCUGCAUGAAGAUCCUACGUGGACAGUCUCACAAGCUUCUGCUGGCAUCAGUCAAAAGUCUUGGAGUGAUGCAAAUAGUGUGUUGCUUGAUGGACAACGUGCAAGUAAAAAACAGAAAACUGGUUUAUCUGGAUUAUUGGAUGUGCAAACUCCCAAAAAAAAAUCAAGUCCUUCAAGAGGGAGUUCUGUGUCUGGGACAUAUGAUAUGGGUACCAGUUCUUUAAUGAAGGAGAUAGGUGAAAAAGCUUGCAAUGAAAAAGAAAUCCUUAAGAACAAAGGAAUUUCCGAAAGGUACUUCUUUCCUGUAGAUGAACUUCCUGUAAAAGACUUGAGGUCAGGUGAAAACUCGGUCCCCUGGAAAGUGUUAUCAUCAGAAGAUGAUGUUCGGCUUCCUGAUGUGACUCCAAGUCUCGAGCUUGCUUUAGGUGCAGAAAUGAAACCGUCGAAACCGGGGAUCCUGCCUUUUUUAAUGGGGAAAGUGGACCUGAACGCUAGCCAGGACCAGCCUUGUGAGAAUGCAGCAACCAAGGAAGAGGAGGGGGAGGAGGAGGAUGUCUCUGCUUGUUUGUCACUAUCUCUUUCGUUUCCCUUCCCAGAUAAUGAGCAAACUGCAAAACCUGUGUUGAAAGUGGAGCAGCAGCAGCAGCAGCUGCUGCCUGAUCGGCGAUAUGUCAACAGUUCUCUGCUCUUCUUUGACAACUUCCCAGACAAUAAGUAA